ACUUUAAACAAAUAAUUUGUGGAGUUCGUAAACAUCAAUAAUAAUAUAAAUCAGUUGAAAAUAUUUGGAAUGUUAUACAUAAAAUAUUCAUAGACUUAUACAAAAUAUUAUACAUUAAAAAUCAUGCAUUAUAAUUAAAACUCUUGGUGUUACACAUUAAGAUUUUUAAUAAUGCCUAAAAAGAAACGAAUUUUCGGUAAGAACAGUAUAAAAGAUGAAAAACCACGCAAAAAACUUAAAAGUGAUCCUGAUUUGAGAGCGAAUAACACGAUUGAUUAUUAUAAAUUGAUAAAUUACGAAUUAAAAAGAAAAAUUGGUGAUUAUCUUCCUCGAAAAAUUUUUAACUACAAACUAUUUUCUUCCAUAAAACCUGCUGAAAAAGUAUCAUGCUGCACUAAUGAAGGAUCAUAUGGAAGUGAAGCAAUUUACAACAUAGAAUUUUCAAAAGAUAAUAAAAUAUUAAUCGCAGCUGGUGCUAAAUCUGAAAUAAGUUUGUUUGACCCAUUAAGUUACCAAAAAAUAAAUUCUGUAGAUUCUAAACACACGGAUGGUGUAAAUUGCCUAACGUUUUUAGAUUCAAGGUUGUUUACAACAUCCUCUGAUGAUCAGACUAUUGCAAUAUGGGACAUACGCAAUCUUUCAUCUCGCGUUUCUACUUUAACUGGUCACACUGGUUGGGUUAAAGAUGUUUCAUACAUGCCACAAUCAAAUUGUUUAAUUUCUUCAGCUUUUGAUGACACAGUUAGAGUAUGGAAUAUAAAUGACUUCGAAAAAGAUGGUUGUGUUAAAAGUGAACAAGUAUUAGAUAUUAAAUACCUUACAAGGACAAAGUUAUCUCAAGACUGUUCAAAACUUGUUGCCGCAACUACGUCAGGUCAUUUCUUUGUUAUAGAUAACAUUGACUUAGAGUUUUUAAAAAUUGAUGCAAACUGUGAACUUCAAAAGUUUCUAUAUGAAUCCCCUAAUAUUCCCAAAAUGACCAAAUCAAGAAAAAGAAAUAGAAUAGAGUUUAUAAUAGAUUUUCCAUUAAAUAGUAAUCCAUGGUGUAUCACAUCUGUAAAAACACAUCCAAAUAGCAAAAGUGUAAUAUCAAGAUAUUCAAGUGAGGUUGAUCAUUCAGAAUGGACAGUUGUUCAUGAUAUUGAAGAAAAUUUUGAAAAUGAAACAAAUUCAAAUCGUUUAAAAUACUUUAUAUCAGAACCAAGUGCUGCUCCAGGUUACAUCAAAGAAUUAAGUUUUAAUGAGGAUGGAAGCUUAAUUUGUUCGCCAUUUGGUAAUAGCAUUAGGUUUCUUGCUUUCAAUAAAAAAUGUGAUAGUGAACCUAUUGAUGGAAACAAACCAUGUUGUUUGGAAGAAAUUAAUUUUGUCACAUUUCAUAACUUUCCAGUGCUAACGGCAAGAUUUGCUUUUGGGCUACCAUUAGUUGCAUCUGGUUGCUUGGGCGGCCAUGUGUGUUUUUAUCAAACGCGAUUUUAGAUUAUAUAUAUUUCCUGUAAUUAUAGGCUUGAUUUUUUUAUUAUUAUUACAUAACGAAAUCUUGUAAGUUAAUAAGUAAAUUAUGUUAUUUUAAUAAACACAUACAAAUA